UCUAGGAGCAGUAAGUUGAGGGAAAGAUACUAGGAAAUAUAUGGGGGAACCUAAUGGAAGAUGAGGGCUAUUUUAGUAAAGUUUGUGCGAACUCAUCUGCAUAUCAGCUCCCCAUUUCUGGGGAUAGGGAUGUUCUUUUCUGGCACCAGGGAUGGGUACCUGCCUCAUGGGGAAUUUAUUUUUGAUUCUAGGCAGAAAAGGCAAAGACAGAGCCCUUCCCACAUCUGCUGUUUCUCAGUUGCCUUCGACUCAAAACACCAGUAUGCCAAAGUGACAUUUUGAAGCAGCGUGUUACAAUCUCCUUCAGCUGUCUGUUGUUGAUUCAAGAGUAAGGGACUAAACGUUGACUGGUGGCUGUGCGUGUGGCUGAGACUUGUUGAUAGUGAGUCUCUCAUCGUAGGACGAUACUGCUGGAACGUGUCAUUGGCCGACUCCAAGUUGCCAACAGGUCUUUCUUUAGCUGGUUGGGUUUCCUAGAGAAGACGCUGCCGUAUUCCGGCUGCACUUUCUUGGGAGAUGAGUGGAUAAAGGAUGGGGAUUGGAGAGAUGGAUCCUAAGCACAAGUUUACUUCGUCCUCAUGUCAGCAGGGUGAUUCUCAUUGUUCACUCUGAUUUUACCUCAGGCUUAUAUUGACCUGCUUUAUUUUGAUCUCUUUAAUGGUUCUCAGACAGAAGCAGAGACAGGAUGUUUGGAAUUGCCUUUGAUUUGACGUGGAGACUGUUGGCUAGAGAUACUAAAAUUUUUGCAAUGUGAUGACUGUAGGAGAAAGAGUUGCUUCAUCCAAAAUGUCAAUUGCUCCCCUUUUUGGAAGCAAUACAGUCUAACUUAAAGCAAAUUUCAGAAUCAGUUAAAGCUAAUUACCAGGUACUAUUUUUUUACUUUACUGUUCUCCCUUAAUUCAUGUUCAUAUGAUUCUAAUUUUAAUAGUAUUUGAAGCUGGAAUUCCAAAGAAUUCAAGUAAAAGACUAGUUAGGUCACUGUAGAAGUCCGAAUAAUAGUUACUGGCGGCUUCAGGGUAGACUGGUAGUUUUAGUGGAGAGAAACGGGAUGCAGGAUAUGUUUUGCAGGAAGGGUUUAUAGGAUGUAGAGAUGGAUUAAAUAUGAAGGAGUAAGGAAAGGGAAUAAUCAGAGGUGUUCUGAAGUUUUCUCCUGAGAUAACUAAGUGAACAAGUCGCUUGUUGAGCGGGGGAUUAGAGAAAAGAGCCAAGCCUGUAUUAAGCAUAUUAAAUUUAACAUACCUGUGUCUGGGCCCAAAGAUAGUGCUGAGUUUUCUUAAAUAUCCACCACCUCUUUAGAACAAAGUGUUAAUCAGCUCUCAUUCAGGAAACAUGGAUUCUUUAGCUGUAUCCCUCCCACCUCCACCUGUUGUUGCCACUCAGCAACCUUAUUUGUUGAGGACUUGGAGAUGUGCCUCACGCCUCCACUCCCUGUCACUACAGCCUUGGAGUGGCUAUAGCUGUUUCCCAGGUCCUGUCCUCAAGCUUUUGGCCGUCAGCGGUGACAGUACCAUACAGUGCUUUUAAACCCUCCCUCAGUGCCUCCUAACUAUGUACUGUGAACACAGUGCUUCGCUUUUUGUGUCUUGUUUUCCUUAUUUGUAAAUUGGGUAUAAUACUAUAUAUGCAUUUGUGGUUUUGUGAAGAUUAGGAAAGCAGUGAUUACUAAUUACUAAUGCUGGCACAGAUGGUGGAAUGGGGGGAAGAUGUUAAAGCGAUUUCGAAAGAUGAAGCCGUGAUGUUGGUGAACCAUCAGUCCACGGGAGACGUGUGCACACUGAUGAUGUGCCUGCAGGACAAGGGGAUGGUUGUUGCUCAGAUGAUGUGGUUGAUGGAUCAUAUUUUUAAGUAUACAAACUUCGGAAUUGUUUCACUAAUCCAUGGAGACUUCUUUAUAAGGCAGGGAAAAUCUCAUCGUGACCAACAGCUGGUGCUUCUCAAGAAGCACCUGGAAAAUAAUUACAGAAGCAGAGAUCGAAAAUGGAUUGUUUUGUUCCCGGAAGGGGGCUUUCUCAGGAAGAGAAGAGAAACAAGUCAGGCAUUUGCCAAGAAAAAUAACUUGCCAUUUCUUACACAUGUUACCUUGCCAAGGGUUGGGGCAACACAAAUUAUUUUGAGUGCACUUGUAGCACGACAGGAAAAUGGAAGUCCAGCAGGAGGAGAUGCAAAAGAACUAGAGAAUAAAUCACAAGGCCUCCAGUGGAUAAUAGAUACAACCAUAGCUUACCCCAAAGGUGAGCUGUUAGAUAUUCAAACCUGGAUCCUCGGAUACAGGAAACCAACAGUCACACAUGUACAUUACAGGAGUCCUGGACACGGGAGGAGACUUCCCGGAAUUUUCAGUAGAGACCCUUGUCUGGCCAGUGUUAGGGAAGACGAAGGACCUGCAUUCAGGAUUUUUCCAGUUAAGGAUGUGCCCCUGGAGACUGAGGACCUUACCAACUGGCUCUAUCAACGAUUUAUUGAAAAAGAGCACCUCUUAGCCCAUUUUUAUGAAACAGGAGCCUUUCCUCCUCCCGAGGGCCACAAGGAAGCCAUUUCCCGGGAGAUGACCCUCAGCAACGUGUGGAUCUUCUUCAUACAGUCUUUUGCGUUUUUGUCAGGCUAUAUGUGGUACAGCGCCAUUCAGUAUUUUUACCAUUGCCUGUUUUAGAUGCUGACUCAGACUUGUCAUAGGAGUUUAGACUUUCCUAAGUGUGCAUUAUUUACAUGUGCAAAUCAGAACAUAUAAAGAAAAGCAAAGGAAAUUCCAUGGAUGGAUUACUAUUUAACCCCCUUUGGGAUAUUUUAAAAUUCUGCUAAAAUGAAGAUCAGUAAUAUAAUGACCUGCUAAUAUAUUUUAAGAACUUUUCAUGUCUUCAAGCGAUACACUUGACCACAUAUUUAAGCGAGCAUCACAUCUGGAGAAGCAAAAUCAUAAAACCAUCCUGGAAGACUGAAAGAAGCUCUGUGACCACCAGCUACUAUUGGUCAUUGGGUUCCAGUGCAGGGGUUGUGUCCACCCCUCCCAGUAGAUGUCUCUCAAGCUGGGCUCUGCAGGGCCCAUCCCACAGCCAUGUGUGCCAUCGCUGUUGCAGUGAGCAGAUCUGGGCCACCUCCAGAGGAGCAGAUUCAAACUCCAGCCCCCAGCCCCAGGCCGAGGAACAGCACCAAUCUGCUCCAGGGGAUGGCAUUGUCCACCAAUCUCGUCCUGGCACAGGACACGUUCCCGGAACCAGUGCAGCCCAGCGCGUGUUUACAUGUGCCAGUGCUUUCUCUUCCUCGGGGCAGGAGGCCCGUUCUCUCCUCUUGUGUAGAAGGCAUAUCAUAGAUUGAUCAUUGUAUUUUACAAAAUGCACUUUUAUCAGAUGCAGCUAUAGCCAAGGAUAGUAACGUACCCUGAAAACACAAGUGAGCCUCAGCAACGAGCUGGCUCCCAGAGGCCUCCCUGUGUCUCCCACUCACCUGCAGGUGCUUCCGGUGCCACCCUGCCCUGCACCCCUCCCGUCGCGAUGCCUCAUUUGUAGCUAGAGCCCCCUCCCCACUUGACAUAGCACUAAAUACAUUUGGGGAUGGUUGACACAAACUAAUGCAAAACAUUUACGUGAUCAGCUUCUGGGGAAUAGAUUAGUUUAUUAGGAAUCUAAGAUCUAGAGCCAAACACGAGACUGGAGCAGUGACGAGUUCUCAUGCUAUAGCUGCCGGCUCUGGCCAGUCCCAUGUGCCAGUCGUUGCAUCCACGCCCUCUCCUCCGUGCAGGCAUAGCCAGGAGAGAGUACGAAAGGGGUUCUGGCCUCGGCCAGCUGCUGGUGAAGAGGAUAGAGGCAAGCCUCGGUUCUUUCCAGGACACCUUUUUUCUGUCGCCCUGUUCACCUGAUUUACUUCACAGGAGAACCAGACUCCAGAAAGUGCUGGCCCUGGGUUAGCAUUGAGAUCGAAGACGCCCUUUGGCUGAGAUCUGUCUGUCAGUGCAGUGUAGUUUUCUGUAAUGAGAGCACUGCAGGCUCCCUUGUUGUCACUAAUCUCACAGAUAAUAAUUCUGAGAAGUAGGCUGUGAAACCAAACGGCCCCUGCUUUCUGUUUUCAGAUAAACCAAAAAACUGAGAUGUGAAUCUUCCCUAGUCAGGUGGGAAAGGUGGAGCAACACCAAAAAAGCUGUCAGCAGCUUCGUCUGUAGGGUAACUGCGCAUGCGUGGGACAGCGGGACACUGAAAUACCUCACGAAAUGUUCACUGCUGCUAGCCUGUGGCGACAGUGUUAACAUGAUGCUUGCUAACAGUUGCUAUGAAACGUAGUGUGUUUGAAGCCAGAGCAUUGGUUAUGUGUUCUGCAGUGACGGUAAGGGAAGCCAGUCUCACCAGAUGACAGAAGGCCAAAGAGAAGCUGCCCACACUGCUGUUUGAGGCGGCACACACCAGUCGUUUCAGGAGGAGUUGGGAUUGUCUGUUGGAAGCAUUAGUCUGGGGAGAAUUUGUUCCCUGUUGAGUAAGCAUGUGCAGUCCUAGCUGCUGGUCCAGUCCUCACCGUGAAGCCACCCACAGGCAGGGUGGCCACUUGUGUCCUAAAAACGCAUCCACACUCAUGUACUGGGGGCUCAGCACUGGGCCAUCGCUGUGCUCCGCAGGAGUGUGAUGCCACUUGGCUGCUGUGCGUGGUCAGCUCCCUGUGGGGGCUCGACUUUUCCAGGGUACGUCACUCCCGUCGUCUCCAGAGUGACAAACACGUACCUACAUGAGGUGGUUUUUGAACAUAGAUCUGUGAAUCGUGAACAGAAGUGUAGCUGACCUGCCCUACUCUUCUUCCUUUCUUUCUGAACGUGCUCUGUCUCUUCUGUUUGCAACACGUUACCUGAGAACAGUGGUUUUCCUCACCUGACUGGUGACCAGAGCUCAGCCUCUUGGGCUGGGAGCCUGGGGAGAGAGUCAGUGUUCUUUGUUGGUGGGGGUCACAGGGAGGACAGCAGGGGCCGCUGUGCAGAGUGCGUUCAGCUCCUGUCUGUACUUCCUUUCUACAGACAGAUGAAAGGAGGCUUUAUGUCUUGUUAAGGCUAAAGGAAACUGUCCCCAGUUCGCAGAGGUGGCCAGGUAGGAUCGAAGCACUUCUUAGCCCCAGCUGGACAGCAGGAGCUGUGUACUGGCUGCUGAAGUCCUGGUGUCAGCAGGUGACAUGGUUGAGGACCUGCUCAGCCACAGGCAGGCCCAGUAACUGCAAAUGUGUCCAAAGCAGCAGCUUACCCUAGCUCCAGAAAGAGCUGUUUGUGUUGAGACACACCUGUGAUAAGGACACCCAGCAAUGCAGAGGAGCCACGGAGUGGGGACUGACAUUUGGGAGACAAGCAGGUCAGCUGAGGAUUCAGAUAGGUGUUUUAGAAAGGUAGCUGAGAGUUCAUGUCUGUCAUAUUAGUAAACAGUUACAUUACAACCAGUCCUUAAUUUUACCAUGGUAAAGCAACUACACAUUAUGCAUAAUUAUUUACCUGAUAAAUAGAGAGUAAGUCAGGGAAGCCAAAAAUUCAGUUCUAUGCAGGAGCUUGAACUUCUUUCAUCAGGCUUUUUUUUUUCCUUCUAGAAAGACGCUUACAUUAAAAAAUGCUUUGAUUGCUCAUUAAUUUCUCUUGCCCACUUAAUUAAGAUUGUGUUAUUGAGUAGUGAAAGGACAUGGAAAUGGCAAAUCUCAAGCAGUAAAUGGGCUGAGAAAGGAAUCCCUGGGUCAUCAAGAAGUGUGGAACCAAAACUGUUGUGAGCCCUUUGUGCAGUUGAAACCACAGAUUCCCCACUGUCACCUCGGAAAGUCACUGUGGUGUCUCCCCCCUGGACAGGUGUGGAGAGGGCCACUCGGGCUCCACUCGUGUUGCGCACCUCUUGUGGGUUUGUCUUGGUGAUGUUGUUGACAAUCACUUCCCUAAAGACUUCUGAGCUAGUUGGUCUUGAUUAUAAUCAUAGAAAGCAGUCUUUAAUUAUGGGUUGUUUUCCUGUGCUCUUUUUAUAUUUAAAAAGAAAAUGUUUUAUUUGCACUACUGAAUAGGAAGGGUUAACUGUUUCCUUUGUUCUUUUUUUGAAGUCACUACACAGGACUUCACUCCAGAGUUACCACUGUAUGAAUAUUCAGCUCUCACACAAACAAAAAACAAAACAAAUAUGUGUAUCUGCCUGCAGUGCUGUGGCCUUCCAUCUGUAACAUGCAAGGUGGAGUCUGUAGGGGCACUGGGUACUGGGUACAGCAGUUCCUUUUAUGAGAAGUAGAAACUAAUAAGUUUGGGACCAAAACCACCUCUGCUGGAAGUUUCUUGAUCAUGAAGAGUUGAGCGCACACUGCAGCAGUGAUUGGUUGGUGCUUUAUUGGAAUCUUUAUUUCGUGCCAGUCCCCAGCAACUAGGAGCUGGACCCUGGCAACACACUGAGAGUGCUGAUCUGUCCGGGAAUGGGGACUGUAGCCAUACGGAGGACAAAAUGUGGGGCUUUCUGCAAAAUUUCCAUCUGAGGAUUUUUACAUUAAAUAUUUUUUUAAAAUGCUUUAAAGAGCAAAAGAAAUUUUAAGGAUAUUCUAAUUGCAAAAUAUGCACACACUUGAAUUGCUUUAUUUUUGUGUAAAAUUGUUGACACAUGACUGUGGUACACAAAUUCUUCACUUGUAAGGAGUCUAUGCAUUUUACAGGAACUUGUUUUAUGAUCGGGUAGUGAGUUAUACAUUCACCUGCCGUUUUAUUAAGUGCUUUCAUUUUCUUUACAGUCAUUACAGAGUUGUACUUAUUUUAUACAGAUGGAUUCUCAUGUUCCUGAUGCUGUCAUGUUUACUUCAGCUUCUGACCUUUCUCUGUGUCUGCAUGUUGUAAUGUGUGAUGAGAAUGAAUGUAAAGGCUGUGGCAGCUGAGCCGAUAGCUGUAAGGGCUGGUCACACGUGGGUCCGGAUUAGAAAUGCAUGUGGGGUGAUUUUAGGAACCAGAUCACCUUUUCAGAAACUGAGAUGCGAACCAAAAGCAAAGAAUAGAUAGCUGGUUCCUUUUUUUUUUUUACCUAGAGAAAAUAAAGUUGAUUUUUUUCAAGUGUGGCGCUUUUACUUCUCAUCUCGGGGCCAGGGAGGCUGUGUUGUAUGGAGCUCUUUGGGCGUUAGCAACUGGGAGCCUGCGGUUGGGGCCCUGUGUGCGGGGCGGCCAGGCCAGCUGGAACAGCAGGUGCAGAAACGCGGGCUCCUUUGCACACAGCGGGGUGCUGGCACUCAUGCUCACCGUCCCUCCCCGGCAGUGGUGUGCUGGCCGGAGCCUGGCAUUCUGAUGGCCUGGAAAAAGCUAUGUGCACACGUGUGUGUGAAGUCAUUACAAAGUUUACUGAUAACAAAGAUAUAUGACAACCAGUAACAACAUAAAUAUUUUAUUGUAAAUUCCACAUACCCUCUUGAGUCUCAUCAGAUACCUAACUGCUUUUUGCUGAACCUUACAACCCUUGGUUGCAUUUCAACCGCGAUCCGAAUGACCGUGUGGCCUCCUAAUGUACUAACUCGUCUCCAGGUGAAUUCACUCUUAGCUGCAUAUCUGAUCUGUAAAGCUCUGUUCCUUGGUACUGGGGACUGAACCCAGGGCUUCACGGACUCUAGUGGUGCCACUGAGCUGUGUCCCCAGCCCCAAGCUCAUCUGGUCCUUGUAUGAAGCCACUUUUUAGCUUUGGCACUAAUUCAAGCUUACAUAGUUUAGGGACAGUUGUUUAACUGCUGCUGGUAAAUUGGCUCCCAAGGGUGAGUAGAGGCUGUCUCCAGCACACCACUGCCCUGGUCUGCUUUGUUUUAAAUUAAACUGUUUAACUUGGUGUUGAGUGAACUCUCACAGUUAAUUUACCCAUGGAUCUGAGAAAACCCCUAUGACUGGCCUUGAGGGUCGCUCUAAGAGGUGGGAAGGUACUAAGAUCACCCCUAGUGAGCUGGUUGUGAGGAACCUGACAAGAAUGAACCCUCCUGCAGUACAGCAGUGUCUGGAGCUAGCUUAAUGUCUUCAUGUCUCAGCGCCCAGUAACUGUGGUUUGAGCCUCACCAACAUCUCCUUCCAUGCAUGUAAGCAUUGAGUGUUUAGUUACUUGUCAAGUUGUUUAGUCCCACUGAUAAUUUUCAAUGUGUUCAUUUACCUUGCAUACUCUGCCAAAUGAUUUCAAUAGUUACAGUUCAGUCUACCUCUUUUCCUGUCUGGACUGAGGCUGCUGUGGUGGCGAGGUCUGUGUCCCCAGGAGUACCUUCUGUGGAGCCAGAACGCACUGGGGCCAAGGCCUGAAAGCAAAAUGACGCGCCCGGAGAUCUGUUGCUGACCAGCCCUAUCCUCGUGGACUGGGGACCCACUGUUUAUAAUUCCCCCUCAGUAUGAAAUGUGUGUUUUUAAAAUGUUUCUUCCUGCUGAAAAUGUAUUUUUAAAAGAAAAAAGUCUUUUGGCUCUCAAAGUCAGCUGUAUGAGCAGGCGUGACCAUAUCGUAAUAUGCUGAUACGAUAGAAAUCAAUAAAUUUUUACCUCUCAGGA